AUGGCUCGGGGAGUGAUUUUACUACCAGCUGAUCUCCUUGCAAUGCACGAUUUGACCUUGGAUAAAGUUUACAACAGAAAAAAUCCAGACGCUGUUGCUGCAUUGGUUAGAGACAUGGUACAGGCCGCCAGCGCACAUUUGUCUGCAUCACGAGAGCUAUAUCCCUUAGUACCAAGAGCAUUAUGUCCUGCUCUAGCAGCACCUGCUUCUGUAGUCGAGUACAUUAUCGCAAAUGCCACUAAGGCGAAGUUCGAUCUUUAUAACCCUAUUCUGCAAAGACGAUCACCGCUACUGAUGUGGACGUUGAUGUAUAAGCAUAUGUUAGUCGUUAAUGCUGUUCUGAUUAUGGCUUCGUUUCAUUUGUCGAUGGCUAGGUUUUCAAACUACUUUUCUGUCCCUAAUAAUACUGUAUCCGGCUUUGUCACUGGAACACUCGAUCUAUAA